GCCAAAAUUAUCAGUUAUUCCGCGAAGUUGAGAAUUUUAUUUAUUGGCACAAAGAUCUUGGAAUUUCCUCGAUCAUUCCCCGUGUUUUUGACAUGGAGGCACCGAGAGUCAAUGCUUCUAUGUUAACCCAAUAUUCUGGGAAAACUGUUUGUCUUGUGGGAAAUGUAACAGAGAUCAGUUCAAAUGGUGCUGAGCUUAAGCUCAUGGCUUGUGACCACAAGGUUGUCAAAGUCACUCUGGAUGUACCACUUGAUGAAAAGCUCCAAGGGGCAGUGGAGGUUAUAGGAAGAGUAGAGAACAAUUGUUCGCUGUCAGGACACAGAAUUAUUCCAUACAGCAAUGAUUUUGACCUGGAUGCCUAUAGUCAAGCUGUUUCAUUAGCUGCUGACUUCCCUGAAAUAUUUGGAUCUACACAGUUGAAUGGAUUUGGCCACUAACCAGAUAAAAACAUGAAGUUAUUCCCUCGUCAUGAACCAGAAAGUAAAGACUGUUAAAUGAACCUAAAAAAGACUCCUAGCUGACUAGUCUUCAUGUUUUUCCAGACCAACACCUCGCAUUGUGUUGCUCAUUAUUUGAGACUAAGAUUUGUUUUUCUCUAUUGGCCUGGUGGAGAUGUUUGCAACUGUUAUGGAAAAGAAACAAGAGACAAUGUGGAAGGAAAAUAUGGUUGCAUGUAAACCCUCACUGUUUUUAUUGAAGAGUAGUUUAGAGCUACAAUCUUUUAACAAAUAAAUGGAAAUUCUACA